GUGUUCUUCGCAGGCUUCUGAACCAGGGCUGUAGUUUAUAGAUUUGUAUUUACCAGCUAAACUGUAAAAGAUUCCAGGGGGCAAAAACUCAUCCAUUUGAAGUUCACUGCAUCUAAAACUGUUUUAUCAAGAAAUAUUGAGCUACACGGUCUGUCAUCAGAAAAGUAUUGUUUUGAUCUUAGCCUUCUCUGAAGAUUUACAAAGGAAGAGAGGGAGGGAUGGCUUCUGUUGUAUAAGAUUUUGAGGUACAGUAAUCUAACAACAUUCUGUCUGCCACUCUGGAUCUUUUGGGAAAAGAUCACAAUUAUAGCAGGUUAAACUUAUUAUGUUGGUAAGUGUACAAAUCAUUUUUAACACUAAAAUCUAAAUAUUGUUUUUUUAAUAACAAUUGGUUUGUGUAUACAUAUUCUGCAAUUAUGUUCUUGAAAUGUGUUUUAAAAUUUUAGCCAAGUACCUUGUACAUAAAUAAAACAUAAGGCUAACACCACAGGGUUAAAAUAAAGUUAUUUUAAGACUCAAUGCUUCAUCUUCAGCAGGGUAGCUGCAGCUAAACCCAAUUUGAUACUGGUGGUAACUGAGGUAGCCUUUUUUCCUUUCUACUUUAUUAAUGGCUUGUGUAUAAUAAACAUUAUGAAAACAUAAAUCUGAGAGGCCACUGCAGCUACCUGAGAACCACAGAAGAAUAGCCUGUGAGUCUGCGGCUCAGGUGCAAAUUGAUCCGCCCAGCAACCCGCGACCAAAAAGCUGUAUAGAAAGCAACGGCCUGGAAAGCCUACUGAUGCAGAUGGAACGGCUCCUCAAACAAUCAACAGGGGCCCCUCCAGUCAUCAAAAUACCACCACUGUCCGUCAGAACGGUGUCUCUACCGGAACUGUACAAUGAUGGCAUUGUGUUGGCACCACGACAGCGGGAGAUCCUCGAAUCUACCCCACAUUACUUUCCACCUUCUAGAAGAUGGUCGUUUACGUCUGCGAAAUCUGCAUGCAGCGAGGAUACCUCUGGAGGGAGUGUCACACCUAUCUCUAAAGGCUGUCUGGAGAAGGCUCGUUUAAGGUGUACGGCAAGGAAGGAACGUGUCGUUUUCUGCACGAUGGAGACUGUAAAUAGAGGAUGGUUGCCAAUGCAGAAGAAAGCAGCCACCUACGUUAUUCACAGCGAUAAGGAGCAGAAAGAGACCGCUGCUGCAACAAGAGAGAAGGUGAACUCAUCUCCAAUGCGAAACAACUUGGACCAUAAGCAUACCCCAAGAAACAAGGACAACAUUUCUACAGGGUUGAGAUUUGAGGGAUUUCCUUUUAAAGGUACCGCAGACAUUCGCAAGGCCUUCAUCAAAGAGAAAGUUGGUUUGCUGGAAAACAGUCUGCCUGCUCCCAUUGGGGGUUACUUUCAAGACCUCCAGGGAAACAGGACAGCCUUGUCAUUAUUUCAGCCUGAUUUGAUUCACUCUGAUAAUCCACACAGGAAGGAAUGUGCAGCACCCUGCAUGAGUCCCUCACUUCCGGCAGAACAACCAAGGACAAUAGGAAUUCUGAGGACUUCCAGAGAAAAUGUGUGUCAGACAAACUCGGCUCACAUGAAGAGUAAAGCUGACCUGUCUAAGAUGAGACCAGGAUUCUCAUCCAUCACAAUAGCAGCUCGGAGAGUGACAACACCGGCCAGCAGACCACCAGAAACAACUCCUGACUCCUGUCUAAAACAUACAGAGGGAGCUUUGCCUUUAAAUGCUGUUGAUCCUGUUGUCACUGUGGACAGGCCUUCGAUUGGCAGGCACUGUAAACCUGUCCUGAGAAACAGAAAAGCCACGAUAAUAAAGGUGACAGAGUACAGGCACAGGUACAGUUACACCGAGAGUGGUAGAAAAGCUAGGGUGCCCGAGCACAGGCACAGUUACACUGAAGGUGAAAACAAAGAGAACGCAUAUUCUCAUUUGCGUGAGGAAGGGGACAGAAGAGGCUCCUCUGCCUCCUCGUCACAGGGUUUGGUUCGAUCGUCCACCCACUAUAAGGUGCCAGCUGAGUCAGCAAAUGCUGUCUUGUACCUGGACAAGUCCCUUUCCUUUUCCAUCCAUAAGCCUGAAAGAAACACCGUCCCACAAGUUCACAGAUCAGCCCUCUCUUUGUAUCUGAACAGCAGUUCUCCCAAAGAAACACUAGAUGGCGGAAGUGGCAAGACUAAUGAAAAUUAUUUACCAGGUCCUAAACCCACUGGGAACAGCAGCAGAGUAUCUGAUAAUACAGAAAUGAACCAGGAGACUUCCACAGUCCCUCCAUUAAAUCAAAAUGGGUUAACUCCUCAGAAACAUUCAUGUGUCGACGGCAUCUGGGGCAUUGCGUCUCAAUCAAGUGCACAAUCAAGGGCUGCUGCCUUGACAAAAGGGGCCCUUUGUGUAUUAGCACCACAAAUAGACAAACAAGAACAUCAAUUUAAUUAUGAGACCAGCAAGCAUCGGAACAAUUUCAGGAUCCUGCAUCUCGAUGAUGGCCAAGGCCUCCAGACUUCCAGUUAUCCAAACAGGAAGCAGACUGCUGAUCAGGGUGUAGGCAGCUUUGCUUCCCUUCCGGAACAAGAUGCACUCAAGAGAGGUUCCCCUCCAACCGGUGACUAUUUAUUGAAGGGAAAUUACUGCAGUGCAGUUACAGUGACAGCGCAAGCAAAACUCCAAACACAGCUCGUGUACCAGAUACCAGACAGUCCAGAGGCUGUUUUGGCAAGGGAUUCUAAGGCGUUUUCCAAAAUUACUUGGGAUACUUUUGAUGACAUAAAAAGCUUGGGCAAAGUGUCAGACUGUGAGAAAGAAGACAUCAGACAGCAGUCCACCCCCAGCAUGAUAACAGAACAUACCAGGAACCCAGGGAAACCAAAUCAGUGUGUUCAGUCCCACACUGACCUUGAGGACGGCUCUCGGACAACAUUGACUCUAAGAGAAGCCCUGGAACUCCUUCGGCCUGACUUCAUAACCCGUUCCAGGGAGCGCGUGCAGCAGCUUGAACUGCGAGCACUCCAGAGGAGAGCCGAGCAGAGCGAGCGUGUGAGCCCACCCCCAGGAAUACCCUCCAGCACCGCCAACAGAAAGAGGCAGUGCACCAGACCACACCCUCUCAGUGAUAACCUUUUCAAGCCAAAGGAGAGAACCAUUCCAGGAAAGGAGAUGCAACUGAGAUCUAAACGGAUUUACAAACAGCUGCCCGAAGUGAAAAGGAGAAAGGAAGAAGAACAGAAAAAAGUGGUAUCGCAAACAAACAGGCUGCGGGCUGAGCUUUUUAAAAAGAAAUUACUGGACCAAAUACUACAGAGAAGCAUUGAUUGAUGAAGAUGGAUCCUCUCUUAAAGGACAUCUGCUGUGUGCCACUGCUUUUAGCCAAGCCCUGUCAUGUACUUUUGUUCCUGUCUGCUUUAUUCUAAGCUGUUUCAUAUAUUUGUGUAAUGGUAACAGGGUUUUCUAUCUUUACUUCAGAAGGUACCAAAUGGGACACUUGAUAUACCCAAGCAGCAUUGCUUUCAAUACUAUGCACUGUAAAUAACAGUUGUAAGAGCUGGUUCUGGACUAUACAUAAAUAAACUCUAACACAUUUUCUUUCUAAUUCAACCUGGUUAGCAGAUAAUCAAAGAAGAUAUUUCUAGAGCAUUACUCAUGAAUGUUCACAGAGUGCUGAUUGCAUGAAUUAAGGAAGGCUGAACUGACUAUGAAAGAAAUAAACACAGCAUGUUUGCUUAAGA